AUGCCCGCCGACUCGCUCGAUCUCGAGGCCGUGUACGCCUUCACCCUCCAGCUCGCAAAGGACGCCGGCGCCAUGAUCCUCGCCGGCUCGGCCAAGCGCACCUCGUCCGCCGACGCUACCUCGGGCGUCGACGCCAAGAAGAACCGCGUCGACCUCGUCACCGAGACGGACCAGGCCGUCGAGGCCUUCAUCAAGGACCAGAUCGCGUCGACCUACCCGUCGUUCAAGUUCAUCGGCGAGGAGAGCUUUGCCGGCGGCGAGCGCGUCUCGCUCACCGACGAGCCGACCUUUAUCGUCGAUCCGGUCGACGGCACCUCGAACUUUGUUCACGGUCUCGACUUUGUCUGCUGCAGCAUCGGCUUCACGUACAAGCAGGUCCCCGUCAUCGGUGUCAUCUUCAACCCGUUCCUCAACAAGCUCUACUCGGCGCGCGAGGGUCACGGCGCCUGGCUCAACGAGACGACGCGCCUCCCGCUCACGCACCCGCACCCUGCGCCCCUGCCCUCGCUCGGCGACGCCAUCAUCGGCGUCGAGUGGGGCUCGGACCGGUCCAAGAACGUGAUCGAGAAGAAGGGGAGGACGUUCAUGCGGCUCGCGGGCGACGGCAAGGAGGUCGAGGGCGGCGUCAUGGCGCACUCGCUGCGCAGCAUUGGCUCUGCGGCGCUCAACUACUCGAUGACGGCCGCCGGGCAGCUCGACUUGUACUGGGAGAUUGGGUGCUGGUCAUGGGACGUGUGCGCCGGCACCAUCAUCGCGCGCGAGGCGGGAGGCAAGGUCUACGGUCCGUCCCACGCUCACUCAGUCUCUUUGCGGCUCUCGUCGCGCGGCGGCGCAGCCUUCGAGCCGCAAGACCUCAUGGGCCACCACUUCUUUGUCGUGCGCGCCAUCGCCGACUCGGAGGGCGAGACGGGCGAGCAGGCGCAGGACCGCAUCGCCAAGGAGUUCUUCGCCCUCGCCGAGGAGUACUAG